GAUGACAUUACCGUAGCCGGUUUAUCCGAAUGAUGCCGCGCAGUGGUUAAGUGGGAACAAUCAAGUGAAUGUAUUGUUUAUAAUCGUUCGAACGUUAACAAUUGUUGACGCAAUUUUAAGCAACUGAAAAUAAUCUGUUGAGCAUUAAAAAUUUAAUUGUAUCAUGGCUGAUGAGACCGAGCAGGUACCAGCAAUAAAUGUUAAAGAACCAUUGGACCUUAUAAGACUAAGUCUUGAUGAGAGGAUAUAUGUUAAAAUGAGAAAUGAGAGGGAAUUGAGGGGAAGAUUACAUGCUUAUGAUCAACAUUUAAAUAUGGUACUGGGUGAAGCAGAAGAAACAGUAACAACAGUAGAAAUUGAUGAAGAAACAUAUGAGGAAGUUUAUCGUACGACCAAAAGAAAUAUUUCAAUGCUCUUUGUUCGUGGGGAUGGAGUAAUUUUGGUUUCUCCACCUAGCAUGAGAGCUCCAAUAUAAAAUAUAUAUGUAACUAAUUUAAAUAUAAGAAAUAAAUAACAUAAAUUUCAGUCCUA